AUGGAUUUUGCGAAGGCGCUGCUCUGCUACUUCAAGUCUGUUAACGGCGGCAUCCUUGACAAGAGGAACAGGAGAGCGGUGCGGCGGGCCCCGCUGGAUGUCCAGGGCGCCGCUGCUGUCGUUGAAGGGGGCAAUGCAGUGCUCACGUGUGCGACGCUGCGGGACCAGAAGAUUGUUGAGAUGGUUGGUGGAUAUUUCUCGCGGCGGGCGUACAGCAUGUUCUUUUUCAGCCCUUUCCGCCGGACGUCGUCUUUUUGGCUAAACUUCCGCAACGGCAAGAGGCCGUGCAAGCACUGCCAGGCGCUGCACUGCAUCGCCAAGAUUGCCCCGCGGUCUGUUCUGCUCAUGUACGGCACCGCCGACGAUUUGUUGUCGUGCCGCCACUCUGUGCAGCUCUACGAGACCGCAUCUGAGCCGAAGGAGCUGUACCGCUCUGAGGGCGCGUUUCACUGCGGGCCGAUUCUGCAGGAAAGAGUGCGGCAGCGUUUUGUCUUGUCGCCCUCCAAAGGGAGCUAUACGCCGCCCUUGUGUACUGUCAGUUGGGAUGUAAGGAUGGUGAUGUGCGUUGCGCAAUGA